UCAUUAUAAAUUUACGAAGCGUGAUUAAUUGAAAAACAGAUCAUUAUCAUGAUCAAGAAAGUGGCAUUAGUAACUGGCUCAAAUCAGGGCAUCGGUUUUGGAAUAGUUGAAGAACUACUGAACAGAGGUGUUGAGACCGUCUAUCUUACAGCAAGAAAUGAAAAAAGAGGUCUAGAAGCUGUAGAAAGUUUAAAAGCGAAAGGUUUAAACCCUCAUUUUCACCAGUUAGAUGUUACUGACUCACAAAGUGUUAAAAACUGUGCGGAUGAUAUAAAACUUCAGCAUGGAGGCUUGGAUAUACUUGUUAAUAACGCAGCGGUAUCUGUAGAAAAAUUUGAAGAAACUACAUAUGAAGAUUCAGUGCGUGUCCUUGACACAAAUUAUUUCGGUGUGGUGACAAUACAAGAGCAUUUCUUUCCUAUUUUGAAUAAGGACGCUAGAGUUAUAAACAUAUCUAGUGACUGUGGACAUAUUUCUAAUAUAAGAAACAAAGAUUGGAUAGCAAAGCUGACUAAUAAAGAUGUGAAGAGAGAAGAUGUUGAUGAAUUUGUUCACUGGUUCUUAAAUUCAGUUAAAAAUGAUACAUUGGAGCCUGAGGAUUUUUACCAAACGGAGCUGAUAGCUUAUAGGAUUUCGAAAGUAGCUCUAAGCGCGUUGACAAUUGCUCAGCAGAAUGAGGUUGACAGAAACAUUUCUGUCAACUCUAUAAAUCCUGGAUUCGUUAAGACGGCCAUGACUCGAAGAGUUGGUGUCCUCACUUUGGAGGAAUCUGCAAAAGCUCCUGUGUACUUGGCUUUGGACGUGGAUCAGUCGCUGAAGGGGCAGUAUGUGUGGUGUACUAAAGAAGUUAAAGACUGGAGAGACCCAGACCUACCUCUGUGUUGUGAUUACAAAUUAUUGAAAAAGUUUUUUCGGAAUUAUAAUCAGUAUUAA